AUGUUUCUCGGCACGACACGCUCCCUGGUCGGAGCCAGCAAGCGCUUAUGGACCCCGAUCUCCAUCCGCUCAUUAUCAACCCCGAACCAGCCAAGCGCGCCGUCCACCAAGACAUCAACGACAGCUCCUCAGAUCAAGGCUGAGCCAACACCCACAUCCGCGACCUCUCCCACAUCUGCAACUCCCAUGCCUGUCAAGGAAUCUGCCGCUUUCGAAAAGCCCCCAGUGAAAGAAUGGUUAGUUGAGCUCUGGCGAUCCCUCACAACUCUUUUCAACGUUCUCGUGCUCAUUAUUUUUCUUUUUCUCGAGUAUUCCAGGUCCGACCGGUUAGCAGACCUUGAAAAGAAUGCGCGACUUCCCCGAAGUGUCCAGGCCCUCUACCUCCGCCCGCUGCGCCGCAAGGCCGAACAUGGUCUGCCCGUGUGCGACCUUCAAUUGCGCUCCUACAGCGCCGAGAACCUCGAAUUCUUCGCCGACUUUGCCAUUCGCGCCGCUUACUACCUCAAACUCCCCGUCUCCGGCCCCGUACCUCUUCCCCGCAUCACUCAGCGCUGGACCGUGAUUCGCAGUAACUUUGUGCACAAGAAGAGUAAGGAGAACUUUGAGCGGAUCACGCUCCGCCGGUUGAUUCAGAUCAAGGAUGGUCAUCCCGAGGCCGUGCAGGCAUGGUUGGCCUUUUUGCGCAAGCACGCCUUUUAUGGUGUUGGUAUGAAGGCGAAUGUUUGGGAGCAUGAGAGUCUAGACGCCGGCAAAGCACUGGAUGCCUCUCUUCCCGAGAUCCAAAAGACCGUGGGUCCUCAUCUCGCCCAAUUCGGACAACGAGAGGACAACAAGCGGCCCGGAACUAUCUUCGACGCGCUGGAUAAUGCGAGAUAUGCGGAGCCCAAGAACCUUUGA